AUGAAGAAAAUAAGAGUACAAGUAAGAGGAGGCCCUCGCACUCGCCUAUACUUCAUUACAACACAAGAUAUAGGGAAUAUCGCUGCAAAGUAUCGGAUGCAGCGAAGCAAUAGCACAAACAAUCAGAUUUAUUGGAUUCAGUGUCCAACAUGCGAGGAUUGGAUGCAUACCGAAUGUAUCAGCAACAACGUAUGUCCUCAUGAUAGAACAGAAUUGGGCAGAAGUGAUGCAUGUGGUUUAGAAUUUAUUUCUAGCACUCGUGCUGGCGUCUCUUCCAGAGCAUCCAAUGGUUCGCAUGAUUAUGUACAUGCGACAACAAAGGAUGACAGAAGAAAAAUCGGCAAACUUAUUGUCAGUAGAGUCUGGCGCAGUCCUUUCAUGGCAGAUAACACAACAUUAUCAGAAAUUAUGGUUUUACUGAUCUCCUUCCAUAUUGAUGACCAACUUUUCUUGUCAGUACCCAUCGAGGAAAUGGCAACCAAUAAUGAAACAACACCGUUAAUGAGUGGAUCGGAGGACGGAAAUCAUGUAGAUUGUGCUGUUUAUGGUCCCGUUUUACCCGUGUCUUUGGGCGAUAAAAGUUUAACGGAAGGUAAGGGAAUUAUUGGCCCUGAGCUUCCCAAGGAUGCCGGAAGAACGAUUGGUCCCGAGUUACCUCCUGGAUUUGUUACUGAUGACACCGAAGAGGACGAUUGUUAUGGGCCUGCGUUGCCACCUGCAGCAGAGAGCAAUGACUCCAAACGUUGGAUCGGCCCGUCGCUGCCACCUGAUCUGGAUUUGGGGAACGAUCAAAACUUUGGGCCUACCCCAAUUCAAUCUGAAUACGACGAUAUCGGUCCCAUGCCUGUUGCUAACGUGGAUAAAGAAGAACAAGCGUUAGAGUACGUUAAAAGACGUUUAGAACUGGAGUCAAAGAACGCUGAGGAACAUAAGCUAGUACGAGAAGAAUGGAUCACCAAAAUGCCUAAACAAGGUCCCAUUGCUGGUCUCACUGCUCGCACAUUCAAGAGAACAAAGGAUACCUCCGAACUCGACGAAUCUUGGGAAGACACUCCCAAGACGAAACGUGUCAUGACUCAGGGAAAGGAGCCCCAUAGCGGCUACCAAGAACAAAAGAAGGCUGUCACCGAUCAGGAACAUGAGAGCAGCCCCCACGAGUCUCUCGUUGAAAUGCACAUGAAGAAACGUGAAAAGGCCAGUGGAACGAAGCUGACAACAAAUUCUGGAGAAAGAGUGCCGUUCAAUAGGGAUCAGGACAUGGGCUACUGCGGAAAACCUGCUGCUUCUGCUGAGGAAUUGAAAAAACGGGCUGGUGAACUAAGUGCUCGGUUCGGAUCGAAAAACUACCUCUAG